CGACGGGCGCCAAGGUCGGCGCAGAGGAGUCCAGCAACAAGGCGCAUAUCCUCUUCGGCAACAUCACGGAGUGGGGCCCGCAGGCGGCGAACUAUUGCCGCGCCGUCGGCUACCAGUGCCACAUCAUCGCGCUCGCAGAGACGCACGUGGGUGUCAAGGGCCUCAGCGAGCUGCGCGGGAAGCUCGCCAUGGGCGGCUGGAAGCUCGCUGCUACCCCGGCCCUCCAGGCGCGCAAAUCGGACAAGGGCGCCCACGGAGGCGAGUGGGCACUCGGCGGCAACUACCUUCGAGGGCUACAGGGGGCACUGCCUCCAGACCCACAAGCGCCAGCCGUUCGCGGGGCUCUCCCUUGCCAUCUUGCACGCCAGAGCGGCGACAUCGUUAUUGUCGCUGCCUACCUUCGGCCUAGCCUCCGCGACAAGGGCGCCGACGGGAACAUCCUCAUGCCGAUCUCCACGUUCGCGGGCAUGCUCGCUGACCCGUGGGUCACCCUGGCCGACUGGAACUACGAGCCGCCAAGGCUCGUCGACAUCGUCGACGCCUACCCCGAGUUCGAGGGCCACCUCGUGGGCGCCGAGGAGGGCAGACGCCGCAUCUUCCACGCCCGCGCGCCCCGCGCAGCAGAGCAGGUCAACGCGGACUACGCGCGCUGGACCGCUGCGAUGGAGAUCGCCUUCGUGGAGACGCACGGCGCCCCCUCCGAGGAGAGGGCCGGGCACCAGGGCAGGGCGCAGGGCUACAAGACCGCGCGCCAGAUCACGAAGGCGACGCCAGGGCGCACCUACCUGGAGGAUCAAGAGGCGGGAUGGUUGCAGCACUUCAGCUCGCCCCUCAUCCGCUACACCGCCCUCGUCGCCGACGACGCGGACGCCCGCGCGCAGGGGCAGAUCAGGAAGAGCAUCCAGGCGAAGCGCAACCAGCUCGACAGCAACGAUUUCCACCAGGACCACUUCGGCCCCAAGGUCGACCUCAUGGAGGUGGGCGGGUGGAAGCUGCAGGUCGCCUCGCUGGACUUCUGCGACGAGGGGGGCCUCCGCCGCACCUGCGCCACCGCCGAGCGCUGGACCAACGGCGCGAUUGCCGGGGCGGCGGGGCGAGCCCGCAAGCGCUACCUCGACUGGGCCAGGCGGGCCUGGAAGGGGCCUCCUGGCAAGCUCCACCGCGCCGUGGUGGACCCGAGCCCUCCGGAGCCCGAGACCAUGCUCAACGGAGCCACC